AUGGAUUAUUACAUGAAUAAUUUGAUCUUCUUAGUUAUUGUUACAUUUUCUAUCACUCUCAAUAUUUUGUUUAUCUUAAAAGGCGUUGCAGACCGUUUUCUUGGUGAUCGUAAGAAGCUGCCUCCAUGCCCACGAGGAUUUCCGAUCAUUGGGAACUUAGUAGGAAUGCUCAGGAACCGACCAACCUCCAAAUGGUUACUUCGUGUAAUGUACGAUAUGAAGACGGAUAUAGCAUGCUUCCGGUUUGGUCGUGUCCACGUCAUUGUCAUAACAUCCGAUGUGAUUGCCCGAGAAGUCGUUAGAGAGAAAGACGCAGUUUUUGCGGAUAGGCCAGACUCUUAUUCAGCCAAGUACAUAAGUGGCGGGUACAAUGGGGUAGUGUUCGACGAGUACGGAGAGAGGCAAAAGAAGAUGAAGAAAGUGAUGUUGUCAGAGCUAAUGUCUACAAAGGCAUUAAACUUACUACUCAAAGCUAGAAACUUAGAAUCCGACAACCUCCUUGCGUAUGUCCUUAACAUAUACAACAAAGGUCAGUCCAAGACAAAAAACGGAGUCGCAGUGAACGUGAGGGAGAUCGUGUGCACUCACACACACAAUGUGAAGAUGAGACUCUUGUUUGGUCGGAGACAAUUUAAGGAGGUGACGAUGGACGACGGGAGUCUCGGACUUAUGGAGAAAGAACACUUUGACGCCAUUUUCAAGGCUCUUGAUUGUUUCUUUAGCUUUUACAUAGCCGAUUACUACCCUUUCUUUAGAGGAUGGAACCUCCAGGGAGAGGAGGUUGAGUUAAGGGAAGCCGUUGAUAUUAUUGCUAAGUACAAUAGGAUGAUUAUCAAUGAGAAGAGAGAGUUGUGGAAGGAGAAGAAUAAAAACUGCGAUGAUGCAAACAAGAAGGAUUGGCUCGAUAUCCUCUUCAGUCUUAAAGAUGCGAAUGGGAAGCCGUUACUCACCCCGCAAGAAAUCACACAUCUAUCUGUGGAUCUUGAUGUAGUAGGGAUUGAUAAUGCCGUGAAUGUAAUAGAGUGGACACUUGCGGAAAUGUUGAACCACAGGGAGAUUCUAGAAAAAGCGGUGGAAGAGAUCGAUGAGGUUGUCGGCAAAGAUAGACUUGUUCAAGAAUCUGACGUACCAAAUCUAAACUACGUCAAAGCUUGUUGCAGAGAAACCUUCAGACUUCACCCUACCAACCCUUUCCUCGUCCCUCACAUGGCACGUCACGACACAACUCUCGCUGGUUAUUUCAUCCCAAAAGGCAGUCAUAUUCUUGUGAGUCGUCCUGGAGUUGGUCGAAACCCUAAGACAUGGGAUGACCCACUCAUAUACAGGCCCGAGCGCCACAUAACCGGCAACGAAGUGAAGUUGACUGAACCAGACUUACGACUUGUUUCAUUCGGAACUGGUAGGCGCGGCUGCGUUGGAGCGAAGCUUGGAACCUCCAUGAUUGUUACGUUGUUGGGUAGGCUUCUCCAAGGGUUCGAGUGGACCAUUCCUCCUGGUACGACGGACAAAGUCGAGCUAGUCGAGUCGAAAGAAAACUUGUUCAUGGCUAAUCCUUUGUUGGCUUGUGUGAAGCCCAGAUUACAUGCAAACAUGUACCCGAAACUCUGGACCGGACCAGCUUGA